AGCUGCUACUACUUUUUGGUUCUUAUGUGGCUGUGCAUUUUGUUCGGGGUUACUGUUUUAAACUGGAACAAGAGUUGGCCUACUGUGCACAAAGACAUAAAGUACAAAUACCGAAAAACCAGUUCACUGGCUACAGUUUCGGCUACGGAUCACUAAAUGAAACGGAAGCCAUGUGUAGAACCAAAUGGCAUAUACUCGUCUUCAAAUGUUUGCGAAAACGUUCAGAAGAAACAUGUCGAAACAAUGAAGAGGAAAUGACUCGGCAGCUCAUUUGGUCUAUAUCACUAGAGACGGAUAAAUUUGAGCGAGCCGCAGCUUACAUUUGUCACGAACAUAAUUUGCGAAUUUUCCGGGAGCACCGAGACAAAUGUCUCGUGAUGCAAGAGAAGUUAGCAGAACAGUGUACAGUGAACCGGAACGAUACAGUUCGUGAAGUGGUCGUUGCUUUACAAGAGCAAUCAAGCAAAAGUACUUUAAACUCGGAUGAAUACUACAGGCUGAUCAAACAUACAUUGUCGGAAUACGAAUGCAAGUCAAUGAGGGCCAAAUUGGAAUGCCUCUACACAGUUUUGCAUGACAAGUGUCCAUCAGAUGCAGUUCGACUGAUUAUGAAUUAUUUCAUGGAAACACUUCCCGUUGGCUGUCUGUUCACUUAUGAUGACCGUUUGCUCCGACAUUUACAAAGCAAAAGUAGCGGUACCGGUGAAACACGAAAGGAUCAUGAUAAUAGAGUUUUUAUGAAACUGAGAAAAAGUGGAACAGAGGAUGCUUUACAAGUUACUGCCUUCCAGGAAAGAAAUCGGGGAACAAAGCAAAGCAUUCAACAACUAUGUCACAAAGUUAUCAGCGUAACCUUACCAACGAUUAUCCUUUGGAAUUAUUUGGCUGCCUGAUCUAGAUGUACUCAGUGUGUAUUUCCAUCUGCAUUAUCUUGCAUAAAUAUAGAGCCGAUUAUUUUAUCUUUAUAUCACAAG